AUGAGACCAAAUUUGUCAUGGAUUAUCCCAAUAUUGGUUUUACUAGGGCUUGGGUACCUUGAAUACAUUUAUGCGUAUCGGUUCUGCUACAUUGGACUUAUUAGAAGCCGCUCACAAACUGCUGUUGCUAUUGUCUUCAUUGUGAUAUUCAACAUCCUCUAUUGCCUGAUUCUGUUUACAUGGUUCCUAUUGGUAUGCUUGGGACCUGGGAGUUUGAAAGCGAUUCCUCUGUACAACCUGGGGGAAGGCUCUAAAGAAGGUUUCUUGCGGCCCCCAGAUUUUUUCAUCUGUAAUGGCAAUGGAUUACCCGAGUAUUGCUCAACUUGUCACACUGUUAAAUACGAUAGAAGCCACCACAGCAGUAAGAUGGAACGCUGUGUGCCAGUAUUUGACCAUUAUUGCUUAUGGGUGGGUGUAGUCAUUGGGAAAAACAACUACAAAAACUUCAUGCUUUUCAUGACUUACCUCUUCAUUAUGUUCAUUUACGUUCUUAUAACAUUUACCAUUUACGCCCCAUCUUUGCGAACCUAUAGAACCGCCACGGGACAGACUGUUCUCAAUCCAAAUUUCAUUGUUAUGUACAUUUGUACUGCAUUUUGGAUUGUCAUGUUAUUAGGCCUACUCAUAUCCCACCUAAACCUGAUUGCUUCCAACAGGGCCACUAUAGAUGACCUGAAAAAUAGACGACCACAAAGAGAGCGUCUUCCUAACAAUGACUUAUGGUCAGCACUCUGCAAUAAGCAACCAACUCAAGCUGUCAUUGGUGGUCAAGUUGCGGGUUACGUUAGUGUUAAACAUCCCACGCUGCGGGGUGCUAGAGUAGUCUUUCCAUACUAUCACAGUGACAAAAUUUACGAUCAUGGAUGGAAGGAAAAUAUGAAAGCCAUUUUCGGGAACAAAUACUACCAGUGGGUGCUACCCCAAAUUCAUUCAUACAGGCCCCAAGAUCAAGACACUAGUCGGAUAAUUGAAUCAGAAGACAGAUUGAUCUGCUGUCGAUUCAAGGAAAAGCUCAUCAAACGUAUCCACAACGACGAGGGUGACCUAUUUGUAAUUGAAUAG